AUGCGGGGCAUAUCGACGUUGUCGUUCGUUCUCUUUCCUCUCAUCUCUACACCUACCGUCUUUGCUUCAGAACAACAACCCUUCGAGUACGGCGCUAUGUCUGCACCACAGUACACUCUUCCUCCGCUUCCAUAUGCGUACGAUGCGUUGGAGCCGCACAUCUCCGCCCAGAUCAUGGAGCUCCACCACAGCAAACACCACCAGACGUACAUCACCAAUCUGAACGGGCUUCUCAAGACCCAGGCCGAAGCUGUUUCCGCCUCCGACAUCACCUCUCAGGUCUCCAUACAGCAAGGCAUCAAAUUCAACGCUGGUGGUCACAUCAACCACUCGCUCUUCUGGCAAAACCUUGCACCUGCUAGCUCGAAUGAGGCCAAGAUCUCUGCUGCUUCAGAGCUCGUCAAACAAAUUAAGGCGACAUGGGGUGAUGAGGACAAGUUCAAGGAAGCCUUCAACGCCGCUUUGCUGGGUAUUCAGGGAAGUGGAUGGGGCUGGUUGAUCAAAACCGACAUGGGCAAGGAGCAAAGGCUGUCUAUCGUGACGACCAAGGAUCAAGAUCCUGUUGUUGGUAAGGGCGAGAUUCCCAUCUUUGGUGUCGACAUGUGGGAGCAUGCGUACUAUCUCCAAUACCAGAACGGCAAGGCUGCCUAUGUCAAGAACAUCUGGAACGUCAUCAACUGGAAGACUGCGGAGGAGCGUUACCUGGGAUCGCGCGCAGACGCGUUCAGCGUGCUCAAGGCAUCCAUCUAA